UCUGCCUCCAAUUCCAGCGCCACUUCUCUUCCGCUUCUAUUUCAAUUUAUAGCUUAUAAGUCUCUGUUUUUUAUUGAUACCCAUUUCGGAAAUCUCUUUCUCUCUUCUAUAAACAAGGAUGUUAUCGAGCGGUGUUUCAGCUUUUUCUGUGACAACAAGGCUGCGGAGUGAUGGUGUUGUUAGUCCCACUGGUAACCUUUGUUCUUUGUUGCAGAGAAAGAGAAGAAACACUGGUAUUGUUAUUUCAGCGACUGCGGGGGAUGGUUUGCAGCUAACUGGUGUAAUUUUCCAGCCAUUUGAAGAGGUCAAGAAGGAAGCUUUUAUGGUUCCUAUUACUCCUCAGGUUUCUCUUGCUCGCCAGUUGUUUGAGGAUGAGUGUGAAGCUGCUCUUAAUGAGCAAAUCAAUGUGGAGUACAAUGCUUCCUAUGUAUACCACGCCCUGUUUGCAUAUUUUGACAGGGAUAACGUUGCCCUCAAGGGUCUAGCCAAAUUUUUCAAGGAGUCAAGUGAGGAAGAAAGAGAGCAUGCUGAGAAGCUAAUGCAGUAUCAGAACAUUCGCGGAGGGCGAGUAAAGCUGCAUUGCAUAGUAGCACCUCCUUCGGAGUUUGAGCAUGUAGAGAAGGGAGAUGCAUUAUAUGCUAUGGAACUAGCAUUAUCCUUGGAGAAGCUGACAAAUGAGAAACUAUUGAACUUGCACAGUGUGGCAGAUAAAAACAAUGAUCCUCAAUUGGCAGACUUCAUUGAGAGCGAGUUUUUAGUUGAACAGGUUGAAGACAUUAAGAAGAUAUCAGAAUAUGUCGCUCAGUUAAGGAGGGUUGGGAAAGGCCACGGAGUGUGGCACUUUGAUCAGAUGCUACUCCAUGAGGGUGAUGCUGCAUGAUGAAGACUGCAACUUGUAUUUGUUCCUGGUUUAAACGUGUCCUUUGCCACUGAAACACUGAUAUUUCUUCUCUAGUAGCUUUGCUGUGUUAUGGAUGAUAAAUUUUGCUUCUUAGUAUUGUAUGAUUCUAUUACAGAGCAGGUAGUAGUAGUUUUGAUAUAAGAAAUAAGAGGCAGCAAUUAGUAUUUCUAGGCUGAAGUUUACUUGUGAUAGCUUUGGUGGUAGAAUCUAAUAUUUUUGAAGUGUUACCAGAAUGUAAUAUACUUGAAGCAUUUUGAUGAUCCUUGAUAUUCUGUCCUGGAUCAUAUAGUAUUAUCA